CUGAUCGCUUCAGGUGGAUCUAAAUGACUCAGUUUGGCUCAAAUUCGGCUCAGUUUGGACUCAGCAAAGAUUCUGACGGCCGCAGAUGUUGAACAGACACACAUGAGAUCCAGCGGAGCCACCGAUGAGCUUUAAUCAGGAGUUACGCUUCGCCCACAGAAUAUGCCACCAUGAACCUGACGCUGAGCGCCGAGCCUGGAAUAUUCCUGACCAACAGCUCCCCGGGGAUGCGGGCCUACCUCGUCACAGCGUUCGUACCACAUGACGUCCAGACCGAUCGGCCUGCCAACGAUUCGCUCCUGGCCAAUUUGACCGGCAGACACAAUGGCACGUCGCCUGUGACGUACGACCCGCUCGGUGGCCACACCGUCUGGCAGGUCGUGAUGAUCGUAUUCUUGUGUGGCUCGCUUUCCUUAGUCACCAUCAUCGGGAACAUCCUGGUCCUGGUGUCUUUUAAAGUCAACAAGCAGUUGAAGACGGUGAACAACUAUUACUUGCUCAGCCUGGCAUUCGCCGACCUCAUUAUCGGUGUGCUUUCUAUGAAUCUCUACACCACUUACAUCAUCAUGAACCAAUGGACUCUCGGGAACUGGGCGUGUGACUUGUGGUUGGCCAUUGAUUAUGUGGCCAGCAACGCGUCCGUCAUGAACCUUCUGGUCAUCAGCUUCGACAGGUACUUCUCCGUCACGCGCCCGCUGACCUACCGAGCCAAACGGACCACCAAACGAGCCAUGACCAUGAUCGGACUCGCCUGGUCCAUUUCGUUCAUCCUAUGGGCGCCGGCCAUCCUCUUCUGGCAGUAUUUCGUGGGAAAGCGGACGGUCAAGUCGCACGAAUGCUACAUCCAGUUCCUCUCGGAGCCGAUCACUACGUUUUGUACGGCUAUUGCCGCGUUCUACCUGCCCGUCACCAUCAUGACCGUCCUCUACUGGCGGAUCUACAGGGAGACGGAGAACCGUUCCAAGGAGCUGGCUGGGUUGAAGGGUUCAGGAAACCAAGGGAAUCCGGAAGAACCGGGAAGCUCACGCAGUCACAGCAGUUACGAGCUGCAUCCGUCCAGCAAGAGAAGUUCUGGGAAAAUGAAAGCGGGACGUUUGUGGUUCUGGCCGUCGAGUCGAACAUCCGGCAGCGGCGACACGGACCGCAGCAGCAGCGACAGCUGGAAUAACAAUGAGACGGCCGUGUCUAUCGACCAAUCGGACGAUGAUGAAGAAGAGUACAUUGAAGACGCCCGUCCCAUCUACUCCGUCACGCUCGAAGGACGCAGAGACUCCGAAAGCCUCCAACCGACGGACACAGAGGCAAGACCAUCCAGAAAGGGAUGUUCCUCAGCACUGAAAGACCAACCCAACGCCAACAUCUCUCACAAAGACACCAAACGCUUCACCUGCAAGACCAAAACGCAGGUCAACAAGCGCAAAAAGAUGUCUCUGGUGAAAGAGAAGAAGGCGGCGCAGACGCUAAGCGCCAUUCUCCUGGCCUUCAUCAUCACUUGGACGCCGUAUAACAUCAUGGUCCUGCUGAACGCGUUCUGUGACGGGUGCAUCCCCGCCACGCUGUGGGCUCUGGGUUACUGGCUGUGUUACGUCAACAGCACAGUCAAUCCCAUGUGUUACGCUCUCUGCAACAAAACCUUCCGCACCACCUUCAGAUCCAUCUUGCUGUGUCAGUGGCGUCAGAAGAAACCCAACAAACCGCAUAUCCAGCAGAGACAGGCAGCGGCGACCUACCGGAAACAAAGUCCGGAUUGAAGGUCGACAUUGUGCGUUUGUUUCUGAAGGGCUGUGCAGUAUUGAUGUUUAUAGGUGCCUCAGUUAAACACUGCAAACGUGAUGCUCUUCCUCUUGUUUUCCAGUACAAAUAUCUAAACAUUCUUAAAUCAAGAUACAUUUACUGGAGAAGCAAAAUUAUAUAUAAUAAGUAGGGUUGUCAAAAGUACCGACUUCUGUACCAAGUCGGUAGUGAAAUUUUAAAAAUGUGACUAUACCAGCAUUUUCAACGGAUUCUUAAACACCUCUGAUUGGCCAUUGUGUUCAUGUGCUCAACAGAUAUGU